ACAUUUCUUUUGCCACAGAUAACGUGUUUUGUUGUGGAUGAUCUCUGAUAAUCUGCGAAGGAACGUGUUUUCUUUAGCAUAGAGUUAAUUUUCCUCAACAACAUACUCUAGAUUCUCCCUCAGAAGAACCUUCCUUCCUUCGUCAGUUUUGAUUAGCAUCAGGAUUUUGGGAAUGCAUGUUGUUUAAUGGUUCUAUACAUGGAACAUUACCAAUAACAACUCUUAAAGUAUAUGAGACAACAGUGAAUUACUGUAUGCGUAUUUAAAGAAUUUAAAAGAGUAAAAUCUGAUUUUAAUAUUAGAUUCAUACAUCAGCAGUGAAAUCUGCUUGUAGUCCUUCAAGAUAUUGUAUUUAAUUUAUAACAGAUUUAUUUGGUAAUUAUUUUUAAACAAUUUUGUGUUUAGAGUUGUGAAUUGAACGCAUUUCCAUUACAGAACAGGACAGGACAAAAGGCUAAAAUGAAUCCAGAGUAUUCUUUAGAAUUUCCUUUGAAAAGUGAAACUGAAGGUGCAUUAUCACUACCUUCCAUAAAUCAAGAAACCAGCAACUUGGCUGCCUUUAGUGAAACCAGUGAUGGUGACUUUUGGUCUUUGGAUCCAUUGAUGGACAUCAAAAUAGAGCCAGAGGAAUUCUGUGAGUCUAAUGAAGAUGAAUAUUCAUGUGAAAUUAAUUCGAUAGUGAAUGAAAAACAUCCACAAACUUGCAAAAAGGAAGUAAAACAAGAAAGAAGGUUUAGUGACAAUGGAGAGGAGCCUUUCAGAUCCACUGACUGUGAAAAAGCAUUUUACAAGAAAAUUAAUCUUACAAGUGAUAUCACAAAUCCUACCAGAGAGAAAACAUUCAUAUGCAGUGACUGUGGGAAUACAUUUUCCUUGAAACGUAAUCUUAUAGUUCAUAUGAGAAUCCACACUGUAGAGAAGCCAUUCAUCUGCAAGGAAUGUGGGAAAGCAUUUUCCCAGAAACCAUAUCUUACACUUCAUAUGAGAUUGCAUACUGGAGAGAAGCCAUUUGUAUGCAAGGAAUGUGGGAAAGCAUUUCCCCAGAAAUCAGCUCUUAACCUUCAUAUGAGAAUCCACACUGGACAGAAGCCAUUCAUGUGCAAAGAAUGUGGGAAAGCAUUUUCCCAGAAAUCAACUCUUACACUUCAUAUGAGAAUCCACACUGGAGAAAAGCCGUUCAUGUGCAGAGAAUGUGGGAAAGCAUUUUCUCAGAAAUCAAAUCUUACACUUCAUAUGAGGUUGCAUACAGGAGAGAAGCCAUUUGUGUGCAAGGAAUGUGGGAAAGCAUUUUCCCAGAAAACAGUUCUUAGAGAUCAUAUGAGAUUGCAUACUGGAGAGAAGCCAUUUGUGUGCAAAGAAUGUGGGCAAACAUUUUCCAACAAACCACAUCUUACAUAUCAUAUGAGACUGCAUACUGGAGAAAAGUCAUUCAUGUGCAAAGAAUGUGGGAAAGCAUUUUCCCAGAAAUCAACUCUUAACCUUCAUAUGAGAAUCCACACUGGACAGAAGCCACAUAUGUGCAAGGAAUGUGGGAAAGCAUUUUCCCAGAAAUCAAAAAUGACAUUUCAUAUGAGAUUGCACACUGGAGAGAAGCCCUUUGUGUGCAAGGAAUGUGGGAAAGCAUUUCCAAAGGAAACAAGAAAGCCACAUAUAUGCAAGGAGUGUGGGAAAGCAUUUUCCCAGAAAACAAAUCUUAGAGAUCAUAUGAGAUUGCACACUGGAGAGACGCCAUUCAUGUGCAAGGAUUGUGGGAAAGCAUUUUCUUACAAGUCAAGUCUUACAUCUCAUAUGACAUUGCAUACUGGAAAGAAACCAUAUAUGUGCAAGGAUUGCGGGAAAGCAUUUUCCCGGAAACCAAAUCUUACACGUCAUAUGAGGUUGCAUACUGGAGAGAAGCCCUUUGUGUGCAAGGAAUGUGGGAAAGCAUUUCCAAAGAAAGCAAGUCUUAAACAUCAUAUGAAAUUGCACACUGGAGAGAAGCCACAUAUGUGCAAGGAGUGUGGGAAAGCAUUUUCCCAGAAAACAAAUCUUAGAGAUCAUAUGAGAUUGCACACUGGAGAGAUGCCAUUCAUGUGCAAGGAUUGUGGGAAAGCAUUUUCUCACAAGUCAAGUCUUACAUUUCAUAUGACAUUGCAUACUGGAAAGAAACCAUAUAUGUGCAAGGAUUGCGGGAAAGCAUUUUCCCAGAAACCAAAUCUUACACGUCAUAUGACGUUGCAUACUGGAGAGAAGCCAUUUGUGUGCAAGGAGUGUGGGAAAGCAUUUUCCCAGAAACCAAAUCUUACACGUCAUAUGAGGUUGCAUACUGGAGAGGAAAAAGAAACAACAUGAUAAAUUAAACCAGUUAAGGCAGAGAUCUCUCAAAUGACCAACUAUAUGAGAGAUCCAAAUCACUCACAAAAUUUGUCCAAGAAAAUAAGGAAAAUGAAAAAAUACAGAAAGGGGGAUGAACAAAUGAGUGGAAAACUGGCAGAACACCAAGCCAAUACAAAGGCCCUAGCUUCACAAAUAGGAAACAACAACAGAAGAUAGAAGUAAAACAGAUAAAUAGGCAUUUUGGCAAAAUUCCAGAGAUAGUGUAUAGAAAGAUGUCAAAAGAAACAGUGGAGGUACAAACACCAACGAGCAAGGAAGACCUAGAGAAAUUUUGGAAGCCACUGUUUGAAGACCCUAGACAAACCAAGAGAAUUCAUGGAUUGACACCAUUAGGCAGAACAGCCAGAAACAGCAAAUGCCACCAAUAAGGUUCACCAUUGAAAAAGUAACAAAGAAAAUAAAAGAAUAUAAUAAUUUCAAGAUAACAGUAACAGCAAGAUCCCAAAUUUCAGGCUAGAAAAGAUCACAUCACUACAUCAUACUUAUGCACAAGCCCUUCUCAAGAGUGGCUCACAACAAGGAAUACCAACCUUCUCCCUAAAAGCUCCGAGACUGAGCUUCCUAACAAAUAUAGCCCCAUCUGCUGCCUACCAACAACCUACAAAUGGCUCACAGGAGUCGUAGCAGAUGAGAUUUGUGAACACCUAGAGAUCAAGGCAAAUAUAUGGAAAAAGAACGAAAGAGAUGCACAAGAAACAAACUAGGCACUAAAGAUCAACUGCUAAUAAACAAAGCAAUAUUAGAAGAUUGUAAGAAAAGACAAAGGAAUCUUAAUAUGGCUUGGAUAGAUUACAAGAAGGCAUUUGACAGCGUGCUGCACGCCUGGAUACUCAAAUGUUUGGAACUAUAUAAUACCAAUGAGUAAAUAAGAUCUUUCCUGGCAGCACAGAUGAAUAAGUGGAAGACCACUCUCUGUCUAAAACACUCUGAGGGCCAGACAUAACGAUCCAAAGAGGAAUAUUCCAGGGUGACAGCCUCUCACCACUUCUAUUCUGCUUGACCAUAGAUCAUCUUAGUAAAAUCUUGAACAACAUUAACACUGGCUAUGACCUAAGCAGAACAGAGAAUAAAAGAGUGAACCACCUGCUCUUCAUGGAUGACCUGAAGUUGUUUUCAGACUCAGAAGAAAAAUUUGAAGAACAAGUUAAGACAGUCCACCAAUUCUCAAAUGACAUCUGCAUGGAAUUUGGGUUGGACAAUUAUGCCAAGAGUACACUAAAGAGAAGGAAGAAAGUAACAUUAGAAGGCAUAAAGGUAGAGGAAGGCAUAUUUGUUGAAGACCAGGUGGAGGAGUCUUCAUAUAGGUACAUACUUUGGAAUAGAAGAAAACACUGGUAUAGAACACAAGGAGAAUCUGGAGGAGGGUCUCACUGAAAAUGCAGAUGAAGGCUCUUCAUUUGCAGUCUUUAUUAGUCAAGGCAGAGCCAAAGCAUUUUGGCCAGAGUGAAUUUAAUGCAAAAUGGUUGUGUAAAAUAAAUGACUUUUAGUUUUUUCUUACAAUUGUUCUCAGUGAACACUGUACAGUGCUAGGUUAAGAAACUUUCCUUUGCCUUCUCCACUUUUCUCAUUCCUGUGUAUUUUUUGUAUGAUUUCCAAAAAAAGAAUUAGUAUUGUCUUUGGCUGACAUGGUUUUCUUCCUUUUGUUAUUUAGCAUUGUUACAUAUGCACUUGUAUAUGUAAUUGUAAGCUUGAAUAUUUCCAUGAAAUGUUAUUCUUAGUGGAAAUAGAAAGGAUUGAUAUCUUCAUUAAACUUCAAUGAAAUUCAGGUGCAGUUUUAUUUGACUAAUGCCUUGUAUUAGCUCACUGAAUACUACAGUGGACUAUGUAGUAUUUUGUUUUAGGUUAACCAGUCUGAAGUGUUGAGACUAGACUAGUUAUGUAAAUGACUAAAGUAAUGUGUUAUUCUAAUUAGAUUAAACCUCUUUAUUUUAUUUCUUGUUUAAACUUUGAAAUUAUUGAUAAAUAAUAAAAAUUGUUUAUAAAUUAA